CCAGCGUAAAUUCUGAAGUGGAUGCAGAAGAGGUGUAUACGGCUACGCUGUAUGCGAAUUUAAGCCUUAUUCUAUAGCUGCAGCCGCAUCGGAGUUCACUCUAAUUCAGAUUUUCUAUUACGGAUGGUGCACUUCUCCGUGGAGCUUCUGUUAAAUAGUCAUUGCUUUGGUUGUCAGAAAGGACAUAAAGUUUUCGAUUUCCUCGACGGUAUCAUGCUGAAUACCGAGGAAAGCUCUUCGUUAGUGGCCUCCUGGCUCCACUGUUCCAGGCACCAGGCUCCAGGGCCUCUGUGGUGUUCCGAUGCCCCUCACCCACACUUGAAGAUCCCGGGUGGGCGAGGGACUGGAAGGGAUCAAACUCCGGGCGUGCUACUACACAAGGACGAGAGGUUGACAGUAACACAGGCCCCUCCUGUCAAUGGGACGCACCCCAUCCUGAUCUUCCACUACCAGCUGAGCGAGCGCCGCACAGCCUGCUGGGAAACAGCCCUCGCUUCAGACAGCCUGUUUCUGGAAAUCCCCGCCGGGGCACUGGCAGAGGGAAGCAAAGAGGGACUUACCAGCUUGCUGGAGUUUGCGGAGGAAAAGCUGAAAGUAAACUAUGUGUUCCUGUGGUUCGAUAAAGCCAGAGAGGAUCGAUUAUCCAUUAUCAAGGCUUUCCACUACAUUGGCUUUGAGGUGGUGAAGCCGGGCAACCCUCUGGUGCCAGCCCGGUCGGACCUGGUCUUCAUGGCUUACUCUCUGGAAAACAGCAGCUCUGAUGAGGAGUGACGGGAACGUUGUGAAAUCGCCCAUCUUCCCUUCCCCACAGAACCCUUUUCGCCAGAUGCCUUUCUUUCCCCAAUGUCAAACCGUGUCCUCUCCCUAACCCCAAAGUUCCAAACCACCAACCAUCAAUGACUAGGUUGUCCCAAUUUUGUAGACUCUAAAUUAGACGAGAAUGCUGCUCGCUGAUGCCAGGAUCUCCGUGGUGAUGCAGCCGCCCCUGAUGAGCGCAACGGUGUAGCGGGAAGGGGUUGAACUUGGACCGAGUUAUCACCCGAUUGGUCCCAAAUCUUGUUUUCUCAUCACCCUUUCAGUUUGGCCGCCUGCAUUUCUUUGCUUCCCUCGACAAGCCAACUUGAAAACUUUGGGGUGGUUGGUGCUCGAAAAAACUGCAUAUCUCCCCUCUGACAGCUUGCACCGAAUAUCAAGGAUCCUGACUUGGGUCUUUCAUGUACAUGUUGUUUCUGUACAAAGCAGGGCUUGUUUAGUAGAUAUGGCAACGCAAAGGGAAUUAUCCUGAGAUAUUUGCUUGGGUCUGGUUGAAUGAAUCACUUGUUUUGCUGGUUGUUUUGUCUAUCAUAUGACAAGUACAUAACUAAUCUUUGUGUUACGACCGCAUUCACUGCAUCUGUAUUUGUGUGUAAUGAAACGUUUAGGCGUGUCAAGGCAUCAUUCCUAGGAGUGCUUCACCAGCUCGGCUCUUUGGGCUGACGCAUGUCCACGCCUGAUUCUGAUUCAGAAACAUCACUACGGUGUGAUAGUGUUAGACUCACCCGGAGAGAAAAGUAUGAGUGCAGCAGUGUGUUCAUUCAGCUAAACAAAUCCUUUAUUGCAUAACGCUGUGUCGAACCAGGUUUCUAAUGGACACAUUGUUUUGUCAGUUUGUCAAAAUGAAUGACUCAAAACGGAUGGGGCCUACCUGAAUGUGUCCAAUUCAACCUGUUUGAGAAAAAAAUUUGUUUGGCAGGAAUUCA